AUGGACCAACCAUGCCCUGCCAGAUGCCUCGCCAUCGUAGGAUCAACAAAGACUAGACUGACAUUCAUCCAGAAGGAAGCUGACAAUGAAAGGGAGAAGAAUGAGAACGAGUUCCUGAAACGGCGGCCGGGGCUGCGGGCGGGCGGGCACGCCGUACCGCGUUGUAUCCACCCGGCCGGCGCGUCCAAGUACACGUACGCGUACAUAUGCGCGCGCGCGGGGCCGGGCCCGGCUGCUGCUAGAGUGCCAGUGCCAAAAGUCAACCCCAUCCCCUCCUCCUCCUCCCCAGACGAGCACCACGCCGCACGCGUCCCCCCACGGCCCGUCAAAGGCUGGGAAGGCCGGUCGCCGUUGUUCAUGCGCGCCGUGCUGCUGCUCGUCAUGGCGGAGCACUUCAACGACUGGGACCUGCAGGCCGUCGUCAGGAGCUGCGGCAGCGUCGCCCAUCCGGACCAACCGGCGGAGCCUGGACGUCCUCGCGGCGCCGCCGCGGCCCUGAGAGCGGAAGCUGCAGCGGAGGCGGAGGGGGCGCCAGCAGAGCCCGCGGCGCCGCCCGCGCGUGCGGCGCAGGGACACGAGCGGGCGCCGCCCCCGCCAGCGGCCAAGGGCGCGGCGCUGCUGUACGACCUGGAGUACCUGGACUUGGACCGCAAGCCGUUCCUGCUGCCGGUGACGCCGCCGCCGCUGGGGGCGCGCGCGGCGGGGGACGACGCACGCGAGCGCGAGGUGAUGAUCUCCUUCCCCACGGCGGCGGCGGCCUCGACGUCCGGGGCGCAGCAGAGGGCGGUGCCGCUGGGCCGGAAGGCCGGCGCGCGCACGCCGCGGCCUAAACGGAGCAAGAAGAGCCAGCUGAAGAAGGUGGUGCGCGAGAUGCCGGUGGCCGACGGCGGCGCGUCGUCGUCGGACCCGUGGGCGUGGCGCAAGUAUGGCCAGAAGCCCAUCAAGGGCUCGCCUUAUCCCCGGGGUUACUACAAGUGCAGCAGCAUGAAGGGGUGCAUGGCGCGGAAGCUGGUGGAGCGCAGCCCGGCCAAGCCCGGGGUGCUCAUCGUCACGUACAUGGCCGAGCACUGCCACCCCGUGCCCACGCAGCUCAACGCGCUCGCCGGCACCACGCGCCACAAGUCGUCGUCGUCGUCCGGUGCGGCCUCCUCGUCGCCCAAGAGCCACGACCACGAGCAGCAGGGACCCCCUUCUGUCGGCGCCGCCGCCGAGGACGCGGCGAGGUGCGACGUCGACAGCAACGGCAAGUCGGCGCUGGAGUUUGGCGGCGAGGAGAUGGCGGCCGUCGACGACGAGAACGAGCUGUGGCCCGCGGGGAUGGACCUGGACGAGCUCUUGGCGCCCGUGGACGACGACUUCGACUUUGAGCAUGCCAUCGACGACGGGGAUGGCGUGCUGGGACGUCGGCUCUCGCUCUAGCAGGAGCUGGGCCGUCAGAUCAGAACCAUCAACUGCAGCAGAGAAAGAUCCUGACUCCAAGAGAAGCGACGUAUAGGCGUCUUUCGUGUGUGUGUGUGUUUCUGACAGACAGGAUCCCCAAAACUAGAAGCUGUUUGUAUCUGCUUACUUGCGUAAACUCCGAGAAGUCGGUGCGCAUUGAUUUUUGCACCCCUGUAAUGUAAUUUAGGUGCUACCUCA